AUGUUAGUUGGCGGUCAUGGUGAUUCUAAUCCUAAUACAUCAUGGUUAAAGAGUAGAGGAAUGUGGUUUAGCUAUACAAUUGGGAUGCUUGUUCUCCACUUAAUUAUACUCUCUGUACCAUUACUUACUGUACCUUUAGCUUGGACUAUAACAAAUUUAAUCCAUAAUUUGAUCCAUUUUGUAUUUCUUCACAUUAUAAAGGGGGCUCCUUGGAUACCACAAGAUCAAGGUGAAUCGAGAAGACUUACCCAUUGGGAACAAAUCGAUAAUGGAAGACAGUUUACAAAAACCAGAAAGUUUUUGAUGGCCACGCCAAUAAUAAUGUUCUUCCUUACAUGCUUUUACACAAAAAAUGAUCCAAAUCAUUUUGCUGUGAACUUCGUUAGUCUGGUGUUUGUUACACUUCCUAAACUUCCUCAGUUCCAUGAAGUUAGGUUAUUUGGGUUAAAUAAAUAUUGA